AUGGGGCCAAAGCUACUCGUGUCACCUACCUGCUCAUACGCCCUCCCACCAGACUCUCCAAGCCCGACGAAAGUCGCCCUCCAACACACUUACCGUCACCACUUCAAGUUCAUCACAAUGGAGGUCCUACUAGGAAUCACCGGCAAGGAUUUCACCCUCAUCGCCGCCUCCAAAGCCGCCAUGCGUGGCGCCACCAUCCUCAAGGCAUCCGACGACAAGACACGAGUACUCAACACACAUACCUUGAUGGCUUUUUCUGGAGAGGCUGGUGACACUGUCCAAUUCGCCGAGUACAUCCAGGCAAACGUACAAUUAUACUCCAUGCGCAACAACAUGGAGCUUUCCCCUGCCGCAACAGCCAACUUCGUCCGAGGAGAACUGGCGUCAGCGCUACGGUCAAGAAAACCCUACACGGUCAACCUGCUGUUGGGCGGAUACGAUACCAUUGCCGACAAGCCGACACUGUACUGGAUCGACUACUUGGCGAGCCAAGCACCGCUGCCAUAUGCUGCACACGGAUACGCACAAUACUACUGUCUCUCCCUGCUCGACAAGCACCACCAUCCCGAUAUCGACUACGAACAAGGCAUGAAGAUCAUGCGCAUGUGCACCGAGGAGCUCAAGCGACGUCUUCCGAUCGAUUUCAAGGGCGUGCUGGUUAAGGUCAUAACGAAGGAUGGCAUCAAAGAUGUGGAUUACGAGGACGAUGUAAAGGUUGCGAUUCCAUAG